UUAUCUGUGCUACAGACAACUACGUUUUGUACAGAAGUGUUUUUUUGUACACAUAGCAUUAUUUUUUCUUAUUUCUUUCUCCUUAAGAUUUUCUAAACAAAUAAAUUAAUCAAUAAUAAUGCAUAAACAUUGAGUAAAUUACCUGAGUCAACUACUAAAGAUAAAGUGCUGAAAUAAAUUACAUCGGCGGUAUGUUGAGAGGACUUUUCGACUUUACUAUUGGUUUUCGUGCGUGUUGUCUCGUGAUUGUACUUGCUAUUGUUUGGUCAUUUCAAUUCAUCAUUCAACUUGAAUAUGAUGUCAAGCAACUUUUAGGUUUAUUUGCUUCUCUACUAUUAUUAUUAUUUCUGUCAUCUUGUAUAAUUUAUCUAAAUUUAAAAAAAAAAUAUUCUAAUUUAAACACUGAUUUAGGUAAUACCGACAACGAGAACAAAACGCAGCAACAAAAAUUUUUAAUACAAAAAAAAGUAAUACUAAAAAAUUUAAAUAACGGUGACAAGAUGUCCGAAACACCUGUAAGUUUUGUGGUUGGUGGCUCAGAUCCAACUGAAGAACUUGAAUUGGAGACUGAGGACAGCUUUCCUAUUGAAGGAUUUGAUGGAUAUCAACAAAUGCCAACGAUGCCAAGUAUUAAUGAACAUCGAAAACGGUUAAGGCCUAGUAUGUCGCAGGGUACGGUAAUGAUUAUGACGCAAAAUCGUUUGCAAGAAAAAGAUUUUACUGUUGCUACGCCUGAAGAAUUUGUUCACCGUUUUAAUGGUACCAAAGUUAUUAAUAAGAUUCUUAUAGCAAAUAAUGGUAUAGCUGCAGUAAAAUGUAUGCGUUCAAUACGAAGAUGGUCAUACGAGAUGUUCAAGAAUGAGAGAGCUAUAAGAUUUGUGGUGAUGGUAACACCUGAAGAUCUUAAAGCCAAUGCCGAGUAUAUAAAGAUGGCUGAUCAAUAUGUACCUGUACCCGGAGGAUCUAACAAUAAUAAUUAUGCCAAUGUCGAAUUAAUUGUUGAUAUUGCUCUACGUACUCAAGUACAAGCUGUUUGGGCAGGAUGGGGUCACGCAUCUGAAAACCCUAAAUUACCAGAGCUAUUGCAUAAAAAAGAUAUCUCAUUCAUUGGACCAUCAGAGCGAGCAAUGUGGGCUUUGGGAGAUAAGAUAGCAUCUAGUAUCGUAGCUCAAACUGCUGACGUUCCAACAUUACCAUGGUCUGGAUCCGAAUUAAAAGCUCAAUACAGUGGUAAAAAAAUAAAAAUAUCAUCAGAGCUUUUUAAAAAAGGUUGUGUAUCAACAGUAGAAGAAUGCAUGGCAGCUGUUAAUAAAAUUGGAUUUCCUGUUAUGGUAAAAGCUAGUGAAGGAGGUGGUGGUAAAGGUAUUCGUAAAGUAGAAAAUGCUGAAGAAUUACCGUCACUUUUCCGUCAAGUUCAAACCGAAGUUCCUGGAUCACCAAUAUUUAUAAUGAAACUUGCUAGAUGUGCACGUCACUUAGAAGUUCAAUUACUUGCUGAUAAUUACGGUAAUGCAAUAUCUUUAUUUGGUCGUGACUGUUCUAUUCAAAGAAGACAUCAGAAAAUUAUUGAGGAAGCGCCUGCUGUUAUUUCAAAACCAGAAAUAUUUGAAGAAAUGGAAAAAGCCGCAGUAAGACUUGCUAAAAUGGUAGGCUACGUUAGUGCAGGAACAGUAGAAUAUCUUUAUGAUACUUCAGGAUCUUAUUAUUUUUUAGAAUUAAAUCCUCGAUUACAAGUUGAACAUCCAUGUACUGAAAUGGUAUCAGAUGUUAAUUUACCAGCAGCACAAUUACAAAUAGCAAUGGGUUUACCGCUUCAUCAUAUUAAAGAUAUACGUUUGUUGUACGGUGAAAGUCCUUGGGGUGAUAGUCCAAUAGAUUUUGACCAGCCACAGCAUAAACCUCACCCUUGGGGACAUGUAAUUGCCGCACGAAUUACUAGUGAGAAUCCAGAUGAAGGAUUCAAACCAAGUUCAGGUACAGUUCAAGAACUUAAUUUUAGAUCAUCAAAAAAUGUCUGGGGAUAUUUUUCUGUUGGUGUAUCUGGUGGUCUUCAUGAGUUUGCUGAUUCACAAUUUGGGCAUUGUUUCUCAUGGGGUGAAGAUCGUAAUCAAGCACGUGAAAAUCUUGUAAUUGCACUAAAAGAAUUGAGUAUACGAGGUGAUUUUCGUACCACCGUUGAAUAUUUAAUUACGUUGUUAGAAACAGAAUGUUUUCAGACUAAUAACAUUGAUACCGCAUGGUUAGAUGCUUUGAUUGCUGAACGUGUAAAAAGUGAUAAACCAGAUGUUUUACUUGCGGUAACUUGCGGUGCUCUUCAUAUUGCUGAUCGUACUAUUAAUGCAGCAUUUACUGGAUUUCAAACAAGCUUAGAACGAGGCCAAAUUCAAGCAGGCAAUGAUUUAAAUAAUAUUGUUGAUGUCGAAUUAAUAAAUGAUGGUAUUAAGUAUAAGGUCCAAGCAGCUAAAAGUGGUCCAAAUAGUUAUUUUCUUGUAAUGAAUAAUUCUUACAAAGAAGUUGAAGUUCAUCGUCUUUCAGAUGGUGGUCUAUUACUUUCACUUGACGGCGGAAGUUUCACAACAUAUAUGCGUGAAGAAGUUGAUCGUUAUCGCAUUAUUAUUGGCAAUCAAACAUGUGUUUUUGAGAAAGAUAAUGAUCCUUCUCUUCUACGUGCACCAACUGCUGGUAAGCUUAUAAGUUUUCUCGUUGACGAUGGAGGUCAUGUGGAGCAAGGUCAAGCGUAUGCAGAAAUUGAAGUUAUGAAAAUGGUUAUGACAGUAACAGCUAGUGAAGCAGGAAGUGUAUUUUAUGUUAAGCGACCAGGUGCUGUUUUAGAAGCAGGAACAUUAAUUGCUCACUUAGAAUUAGAUGAUCCAUCUUUAGUCACAAAAGCCCAAGAUUAUACAGGUCAGUUUCCUGCUCCUGUUGUUCCUGCUAUUCCAGAAAAAUUGAAUCUUCUUCAUUGUAAAUACCGUGCUGGUUUAGAAAAUACAUUGGCAGGUUAUUGUUUACCUGAUCCUUAUCAUUUACCGCGAUUACGUGAAUUAAUUGAGAAAUUCAUGAAUUCAUUAAGAGAUCCUAGUUUACCACUUCUUGAACUUCAAGAAGUUAUAUCAACAAUUUCCGGAAGAAUUCCAGUAUCAGUUGAAAAAAAAAUACGUAAAUUAAUGACACUAUAUGAACGAAAUAUUACAUCUGUUUUGGCACAAUUUCCAAGUCAACAAAUUGCUGCUGUUAUUGACAGCCAUGCUGCAACUUUAUCUAAAAGAUCUGAUAGAGAUGUAUUUUUCCUUACAACUCAAGCAAUUGUUCAGCUAGUUCAACGAUAUAGAAAUGGAAUUCGAGGGCGUAUGAAAACUGCUAUGCAUGAAUUAUUACGACAAUAUUACACAGUAGAAAGUCAAUUUCAACAAGGUCAUUAUGAUAAAUGUGUUUCUGCACUUAUUCAACAGUAUAAAGACAAUAUGGCUAUGGUAACCAAUACUAUAUUUAGUCAUAAUCAAGUAACAAAGAAAAAUGUUCUUGUUACAAUGUUAAUCGAUCAUUUAUGGGCAAAUGAACCAGGUCUUACUGAUGAAUUAGCUAGUACAUUAACUGAACUAACAAGUUUAAAUCGUGCUGAACAUUGUCGAGUUGCCUUACGAGCACGCCAAAUACUUAUUGCUGCGCAUCAACCGGCUUAUGAAUUAAGACACAAUCAAAUGGAAUCAAUUUUCUUGUCAGCAGUUGAUAUGUAUGGUCAUGAUUUUCAUCCAGAGAAUCUUCAAAAACUUAUUUUAUCAGAAACAUCAAUCUUUGACAUACUCCAUGAUUUCUUUUAUCACACCAAUCGAGCUGUUUGUAAUGCAGCUUUAGAAGUUUAUGUAAGAAGAGCUUAUAUCAGUUAUGAAUUUACUUGUUUACAACAUCUUGAACUCUCUGGUGAAAUUCCUUUGGUAUAUUUCCAAUUUUUAUUGCCAAGUAAUCAUCCUAAUCGUCAAAAUCAAUCACUAAUAAAUCAUCGAACUGGUGCAGUUGCAGCUUUCCAAGACUUGGAACAAUUUAGCCAGUAUGCUGAUGAAGUUUUAGAUCUUUUAGAAGAUCUUUCAUCACCGAAUUCUAUUUCUGCAAAAGUUUUAGAGGCUGUUGAUGCUGCAGGCAGCGAAUCACGUCAUAGUACGUCAAUUAAUGUAUCACUGAGUAUGGCUGAAACUGGUGGGCCAGCAGAAAUUGGAGAAAAAUCGGCAGAACCAGUUCAUAUUUUAAGCAUCACUGUACAAGAUAACGGUAAUCAAGAUGACGCAGCAAUGGCAAGACUUUUUGGUGAUUGGUGUGCUUCAAAUAAAGAAGAACUUGUAUCACGUGGUAUCAGGCGAGUUACUUUUGCAGCUCUUCAAAAACGUCAGUUUCCAAAGUUUUUCACAUAUCGUAACAGAGAUGGAUUUAUUGAAGACAGAAUUUAUCGUCAUUUAGAACCUGGUUGUGCUUUCCAAUUAGAGCUUAAUCGAAUGAGAACAUAUGAAUUAGAAGCAUUACCUACAUCUAAUCAAAAAAUGCAUCUUUAUCUUGGCAAAGCUAAAGUUGCAAAAGGUCAACAAGUUACAGAUUAUCGUUUCUUUAUACGUUCGAUAAUUCGUCACUCAGAUUUGAUCACAAAAGAAGCAAGUUUUGAUUAUCUUCAUAAUGAGGGUGAACGUGUUCUUCUUGAAGCAAUGGAUGAGCUUGAGGUUGCUUUCUCUCAUCCUCUAGCGAAGCGUACUGACUGCAAUCAUAUAUUUUUAAACUUUGUACCUACUGUAAUAAUGGAUCCCGCACGAAUUGAAGAGAGUGUUACAAGUAUGGUCUUGCGUUAUGGUCCAAGGUUGUGGAAAUUACGUGUUCGUCAGGCAGAAAUUAAAAUGACUAUUCGUCCAGCACCUGGAAAACCAACAUCAACUGUACGUCUUUGUAUUGCUAAUGACAGUGGUUAUAGUAUUGAUUUACAUUUAUAUACAGAAACUACUGAACCUAAAACAGGAAUUAUUCGAUUAGAAUCAUACAGUUCAGCCAAUUCCAAUAGAAGACCUGGUCCUAUGCAUGGUAUGCCAGUUUCUACACCUUAUUUAACAAAAGAUUAUCUUCAGGCAAAAAGAUUUUUGGCUCAAAGUGUAGGAACAACUUAUGCAUAUGAUCUUCCUGAUAUGUUCCGCCAGGAAAUUGAAAAAGCUUGGGUAAAAUAUUUUGAAGAACGUCCAAAUAUAGAAAAUCAAUCAAUUCCUAGUCCUGUAAUGGACUGCGUAGAGUUAGUUUUAGAUGGUGAAAAUCUUGUUGAUCAAAAACGAUUGCCGGGUGAAAAUGAUGUCGGUAUGAUUGCUUGGAAAUUGACAAUUUUCACACCAGAAUUUCCAUCAGGCCGUGAACUUAUUCUUAUCGCAAAUGAUGUAACACAUUUAAUAGGUUCAUUUGGACCUCAAGAAGAUCUUGUAUUUUAUCGGGCGUCUGAACGAGCAAGACAACUUAGAAUACCGCGAGUAUACUUUUCAACAAAUUCUGGAGCACGUAUUGGACUUGCUGAAGAAGUUAAAGCAUUAUUUAAAAUUGCAUGGGAAGAUGAUUCAGUACCAGAAAAAGGUUUUAAAUAUAUAUACUUGACUCCAGAUGAUUAUGCUCGGUUAUCACCGCUUAAUUCAGUAAAAGCAUCACUUAUAGAAGAUGCUGGUGAGGCACGUUAUAAAAUUACUGAUAUCAUUGGUAAAGACGAUGGUCUUGGAGUUGAAAAUCUUAAGUAUGCAGGUUUAAUUGCCGGUGAAACAUCUCGGGCUUAUGAUGAAAUAGUUACAAUAUCUAUUGCAAGUUGUCGUGCAAUUGGAAUUGGCUCAUAUUUAGUACGACUUGGACAACGUGUUAUUCAAAUUGAAAAUUCUCAUAUUAUUCUUACUGGUUACCGUGCACUCAAUGCAGUUCUUGGUAGAGAAGUUUACGCUAGUAAUAAUCAACUGGGCGGAGUACAAAUUAUGCAUCAUAAUGGUAUAUCUCAUGUAACAGAACCAAGAGAUCUUGAUGGUAUUGCUACAGUUUUGAGAUGGAUAAGUUUUGUACCAAAAAAUAAAGGAGGGUCUCUACCAAUUAUAACACCAGCUGAUCCAGUUGAUAGAGAAAUUGGUUAUAUUCCAACAAAAACGCCGUAUGAUCCCAGAUGGAUGCUUGAAGGUAGAAAGAGUACGGUAGAUGCUACAGUAUGGGAAUCAGGAUUUUUUGAUUUUGGUUCCUGGGAAGAAAUAAUGAGACCAUGGGCUCAAACUGUUGUAACUGGUCGUGCUAGAUUAGGUGGUAUUCCUUGUGGUGUUGUCGCUGUCGAGACUAGAACAAUGGAGAUUCACUUACCUGCUGAUCCAGCAAAUCUUGAUUCUGAGGCGAAAACAAUAUCACAAGCUGGUCAAGUUUGGUACCCGGACAGUGCUUACAAAACUGCCCAGGCAAUUAAAGAUUUUAAUAGAGAAGAAUUACCAUUAUUUAUUUUUGCUAAUUGGCGAGGAUUUUCUGGUGGUAUGAAAGAUAUGUACGAACAAAUAAUGAAAUUUGGAGCAUACAUUGUUGAUGGUUUAAGAGAGUACAAAAAGCCAGUAUUUAUUUAUAUUCCACCGAAUGGAGAGUUAAGAGGAGGUGCAUGGGCUGUAGUAGAUCCUACAAUAAAUCCACGUUUUAUGGAAAUGUUUGCUGACAAUACGAGUAGAGGAGGAGUUUUAGAGCCAGAAGGAAUUGUAGAAAUUAAAUUUAAAACAAAAGAUAUUUUAAAAACUAUUCAUCGACUAGAUCCUGUUAUUCAAAUUUUGAAGGAAAAAUUGUCACACUCAUUAUCAGCAGAAGAACGAGCGAAAAUAGAAAUGGAAAUUCGUUCAAGAGAGCACAUAUUAGAGCCAAUGUAUCGUCAAGCAGCUGUACAUUUUUCAGAUCUUCACGAUACACCGGAACGUAUGUUGGAGAAAAAUGCAAUAAAUGAUAUAAUACCAUGGCGAAAAGCACGUUGUUUACUUUAUUGGCGUUUACGUCGUCGAUUGUUAGAAGAAGAAUUCAGAAGUGAUAUUUUGUCAACACAACCAAGUCUUGAUGUAAGACAAGUUGAUGCAAUGUUGAGACGUUGGUUUGUUGAGGAUAAAGGUACAACUGAAUCUUAUCUUUGGGACCAAGACGAGAGUGUAGUUGAUUGGUUACAAAACCAACGUAAUAAUGAAAAUAGUGUUGUAAUGCAUAAUAUUAAUUGUGUAAAACGUGGCGCGGUAGUUACCCACGUUAAAGAUUCUCUUGAAAAGUGUCCUGAAGUACGACUUGAAGCAGUACUUGAAAUUGCUCAUCGACUUAGUUCUGCAGAACGAACUGAACUUCAACGCACUUUAGCACAAUUAGAAUCAUCUCCAGUUCAAGAGCACCACAAUGACUCGAGUGCCUCAUCGUAACUGUUUUUACGAUAAUUAUCAUGCACACACGAGUACCUGUUGAAUAACAAAUUCAAAAAUAUUCUUCAACGAUUCAAUUUAUACUUCUUUUAAUCUAAUAAAAUUUUUAAUCUUUGUCAUAUCUUCUCGUGAAAAUGCCAUAAACUUAAUAACAUUUAAUCUCACCACUUAUUUGUAAUUAAUAAUUUUUUUUUUUUCCUAAUUUUUACUUUUUACUGUAAAUUUGUGUGGAAAUAUUGUAAAUUAUGAAGUGAAGAUUUAAACCGUAAAAAUGUUAAACAAAUUUGAUAAUGCUUUUAUAAUACAUUGUUCAGUACUUGGACAAUAGAUAAAUAAUUAUUUUUAGAUACAAAUAUGGUGUUUCAUUAUAGCUUGUUAUUUUUAUCAAGUGCUCAUUAGCCAUUAACGUUAAAAAAAAAAACAAAAAAAAAUGGGGAUUUAUAAUUACAUAAAAAUUUAUUUAUAACUAAUCAAUUAUACACUGCCACGAAAUAUGUCAUAAAUAUCACAAUAAUUAUUAAUUAUUUUUUUAUUAUAAAUUAUAAUUUAACGAACCUUUUUAGAUUAAAAAAUAGGUAUUUGACUUCUGUGCGUGUCUUCUAGAUCGUCAUCAAGUGUCAAUAAUACCAUAAAUGAAAAGAACAUAGCAAGAGCAGAAAGAAAAUGCCAGAUAUCAUGAAAAUCAAAGAAAUUUAAUAAUUUACAUGGCAUAUUAAAGUGCCGUGACUGUGCUGGUAAUAAUGACCAUGAGACUGAUUUAUUAAUAAAAAAAUAAAGAGCAAAUCCCCAUGUUAUAAAUGACAAUACUAUAUAACACAAUGGUUGAAGUAAAAUUCGUUCGCGAUAACACACCUGUAAUAAAAUUUUAUUAAUUAUA